GGGGCGAGGCGCGGAAGCCCCCGGGGUGACGCGUGAGGCCGUCGGGCCGUGCGGGCGGGAUGGCGGCGGCCGGCGGAGACGGCCCCGAGCUGGAGCCGGGAGCGGAGCCGGCGCUGGAGAUGGAGCUGGAGCUCGAGUCGGAGCCCGAGCCCGAGGCGGAGCUGGCGGCGGAGCUGUCGGCGCGGCGCAGCGCGGAGGCGCGGCGGUUGGUGCUGUCGCCGCGGCGKCUCUUGGGCCCGCUGCCCGCCGGGCUGUCGCAGUGGUUCCCGGCGCUGGAGGUGCUGGACGUGAGCGGGACGGGGCUGGCGGAGAUGGGCACAGAGUUGCUGUCCCUGCCGUGCCUCCACACGCUGCUGGCCAAGAACAACCGGCUGGGCGGGCCCGGCUCGCUGCCCAAGGGGCUGGGGCAGGCGCCGCUCGCCCGCUCCCUCCGCGUCCUCAACCUCAGCGGGAACCGCUUCGCCGAGGUGCCCCCCGCGCUGCUGCGGCUCCGCGGGCUGCGCAGCCUCAGCCUCGGCGGCAACCGGCUCCACGGCAUCCCGCCCGACAUCCAGGAGCUCCACAGUUUAGAGUUUCUAUACCUUGGAGGGAAUUUCAUUACGGCAAUUCCACCUGAAUUAGCAAAACUGCCUUCUCUGAGGUAUCUAGUUCUGUGUGACAACAAGAUCCAGAGCAUUCCACCUCAGCUGGCACAGCUGGAUUCCCUGCGUUCCCUUAGCCUGCACAAUAACCUGCUGACUUACCUUCCUCGAGAGAUCCUGAACCUGGUYCACCUGGAAGAGCUGAGCUUGCGUGGGAACCCAUUGGUGGUGCGUUUUGUUCGUGACCUGACCUACAAUCCCCCGAGCCUCCAGGAACUGGCCGGGCGCACGGUGAAAACYCGCAACGUUCCCUACGCUCCCAGCGAUCUCCCGGAGAGCCUCGUCCGCUACCUGAGCUUGGCCAGCAACUGUCCCAAUCCUAAAUGUGGGGGUGAGUUCAGCUUCACAACUCUGCCUCCUGCUCUUGAUGGUGUCCUUUCUCUCUGA